AUGCGCACACAUAUAAUCUCUCUCUCUCUCUCUAUCUAUCUUUUUUCUCUCUUAAUAUCUCUUUCUUUUUUAUCCAUUUCUUUUCUUUCUUUUUCAGCUUUAAAAUCUCUAUUUAUUUUCUUUCUUUCUUUUUUGUCUACUGAUUUUAUCUAUCUAUCUAUCUAUCUAUCUAUCUAUCUAUCUAUCUAUCUAUCUAUCUAUCUAUCUAUUUCUCGAUCUAAUUCUCUUAUCUAUCUAUCUAUCUAUCUAUCUAUCUAUCUAUCUAAUUCUCUUCUCUAUUUAAUUCUCUUAUCUAUCUAUCUAUCUAUCUAUCUAUCUAAUUCUCUUCUCUAUCUAAUUCUCUUAUCUAUCUAUCUCCACACAUACUCUUUUUCUCCCUCUCAAGAUAAUUGGAGACUGACUUUUUUAUUCGUUCUUCUUCUUCUUCUUCUUCUUCUUCUUCUUCUUCUUCUUCUUUAUAUAUUGUCUUUCUUUAUUAGCUUCCUUUUCCUUCUCCUCUUUUCUUCUCUCCUUCUUUCUUCUUUAUCUUUCAUAUUUUUGUUCUUCCUUCGUUUUUCUCUUUCUUUUUUUUCACUCCUUUGUACUUUCCUCUCUUUAUUGUUCUUCACUCUUACAUCUUCCCCGUUUUCCGCUGACAGCCAUGACUACGCGGGGAGGAGCUGCUUAUUUGGCUUCCCACGCCUGUUGCCAAUGACGACAGCGACGAUGACGAGACACCCCGAACCAUGUUCGUGGCCACAAGCCGACUUCUCUUCGGCUCCCGGCAUUUCACAACUAUCACCGCUAAAUUCUAUUGCUCAAAGGCAGAAGAUGGCGUCGACGACAAUGGCGAUGACUUUGACACACACAAAUAGAUGUGACAUUUCGAAGGACCAAUCGGCCGAGGCUUACGAAAUUAUCGCAUUCUCCCCGAAUCUAUCUAUCUAUCUAUCUAUCAUGGUCUCUUCAUCUAUCUAUCUAUCUAUCUAUCUAUCUAUCUAUCUAUCUAUCUAUCUAUCUAUCUAUCUAUCUAUCUAUCUAUCUAUCUAUGCCAGUCUCUUUAUCUAUCUAUUCAUCUAUGGAACAGAAGUAUCUAUCUAUCUAUCUAUCUAUCUAUCUAUCUAUCUAUCUAUCUAUCUAUCUGAGCCUGUUUUUAUCUAUUUAUCUGAGCCUGUUUUUAUCUAUCUAUCUAUCUAUCUAUCUAUCUAUCUAUCUAUCUAUCUAUCUAUCUAUCCUAGUCUCUUCAUUAUCUAUCUAUCUAUCUAUCUAUCUAUCUAUCUAUCUAUCUAUCUAUCUAAUACAGACACGCUUACUCAUAGACAUUCUUAA